GCUUCCUUCGCGCGCUCCAUGUCCAGGGAAUGGUCUGAGAGCUGCCGGCCCAUUCUAGGUGAUACCAUGGUGUCCAGCUGCCCUUCGCUAGCAUGGGUCCUCCUGCUGCUGUUCCAGCUCCUGCUGUGUACGCAACCGCUCUGUGCAAACCCAGAAUCUGGAGCGUCGUUCUUUGGUGAUGGCUACGUGGAGAUGCCCUUGGUGAGCACAUUCAGCACCGUCCAGCUCCAUGUGCAGUUCUACACCAGCCAGCGCAGUGGACUCCUUUUCCUGGCUGCAGGGCAGGCAGACUAUCUCCUGGUAGAGCUCCGUGCUGACAGCCUACAGGCUAGAAUGGGCCUGGACUCGGAGGAACUGACAGUCAAAUCUCCAGCAGGGCCACAUCUCAAUAACCUCGUGAUCCAUGAUGCUGACCUGUUGGUGGCAGAGGGACGAAUGACCUUGAUUGUGGAUGGCCUCUUCAAUGCCUCGGUGGAAAUUCCAGAGCCUCUGCGAGAGCUGGACAUUGAUUACGGCCUCUUUGUGGGAGGGACAGGGAGCCUGGAGUUGCCGUACCUCGCCGGUGUGAGUUUACCAUUCAGGGGCUGCCUCCACACCGUGAUGUUCAAUGAACGCAAUGUCCUCUCUGCACUGGCAUCUGGCACUGGCACCCAGAGGUCCCAUGGCGUCCGAGAAGGGUGCAGCGUAGAGUUUUCUGCUGGACCCGAUGACCCCCUUGGCUUCCUGGGGCCAAGUUCCUACAUCACCUUCCCCAGCUGGAGUGCAAGGAACCAAGGAACCAUUGAGUUUGUGAUCACCACAGAUGUCAAGCAGGCCCCUCUCAUUUACCAGUCAGGGCUAGAAAAUGACUUCUUCUAUCUGGAGAUCUUUGAUGGGCGCUUAAGGGGGAUGGUGGAGAAAGGGAAUGGCCUCGUGGUGCUCCACAACAAUAUCUACCUCAGUAACGAGCAGGACCAUUAUGUCAAGGUCUCCAUGGACGUCCGGAAGUUUGAGAUCCUUGUUGACUACUAUGCCUCGCAGACUUCCAACAAGGGCAUCCAUAGUCACCUUGAUCUCCAAGGGCCACUCUUUGUGGGAGGUCUCAAUGAGAAGGCCGCCAACAGGAUGAGAAAGCGUGGGCUAGCUUUUAUGUCUAGCAAUGUCUUCCCCAAUAACUCCUUUGUGGGCUGCAUUGAGGACCUGAGGAUAAACCAGGAGAAGAGGAGUCUACAAGAUGCCCUUGUCACUAGGGACAUUACAGCAGGCUGUGGGAAACUGGAUCAGUACUCGGACUAUGAUGAUGCCUAUGAACAGGAUGAGGCCCCCACAAGCUCUCCCCCAGACCAUUGGCAGGGCCCUAUUAUGGAGCCCUGUCGUCCUGACCCUAGCCUGCCCCCAGUCUUCACUAACUUCACCAAACUGCUGCAUGUCAGUCCCCUGGUUGUUGCUGAAGGAGGCACGGCUUUCCUGGAGUGGAGACACACGCAGCCAACCAUUGACCUGAGCAGUGCUAACAUCAGGCAGUCUCAGGUUCUCUUCAGUGUCACCACAGACCCAAGGCAUGGACAGCUGGAAUUAGACCUCCCCCGGGUCAGGAGCAGAAGGAAGUUCACCCUGUUGGAUAUUGUGAACCGGAAGGUGAAGUAUGUUCAUGAUGGCUCUGAGGGGCCCAUGGAUCAGCUGCUGCUGGAAGUCAUAGUCACUGCCCGAGGAGGGGUUCCCGAGUGUUUGUGGCAAGGCCAGAUAUAUUUGCUGCCCAUAAAGAUCAACCCAGUCAACGAUGCUCCCGAGGUGGUCUUUCCACAUGGAGAUCGCAUGGUCAUUCUGGAACACACACGCAAGCACCUCAACCCAGACAUUAUUCAAGCCCUUGAUGAUGACACUCCUUGUGACAGCUUGCGAUUCCAGUUGCUGGGGGGGAAGGGAAUGGAAGAGGGUUAUGUAGAAUAUGACUUCCAUCCUGGAGUGCCAAUUGAAGAGUUUUCCUGCAGGGACCUGGAAGCAGGACACGUGGCCUACAUCCACCAAAAUGGGCCCACAUCAACGCUCAUUCUCCAAGUUAACGAUGGCAUAGUCAUGAGUCCAGUAGCCACCUUGAGGGUGGUUGCUGUGGAGCCAGUUAUCCAGGUGCGCAACAACACCGGCCUCUUGGUCUCACAAGGGGGCAUUGUUCCAAUCACCACGGCCAACCUCUCUGUGGAAACUAAUGCGGUCCAGCAAAAAGUCCCUCUCUUGUAUCGCUUGACUGUGCCUCUCCAGUACGGUGAGAUCCAAAAGCAAGGGAGCCUAGGUGGAGAAUGGAAGAAAGUAGAGUCUUUCCACCAGCAGGAUGUGGAGCAAGGGCGCAUCCAAUAUUUCAGCACAGAUGAUGAGUACCGGACAGAAGAUAUGAUUGAGAAGCUGUGGUUCAUGGUUCAAGUAGGCCAGAAGACACUGAGAAACAACACGUUCCUCAUCAGAAUUAAGAGAGCCACCAUCAGGAUGAAGACUUUGAUUCCCCUCCAGAUGAAAAACAAGAAAGAGAAGAACAUCACCUCUAAUUCCAUGGAGGCGGUUUUAGAGGAACCAAGUUCUAGCCCAGAGUCUUUCCACUAUGUAAUCAUUCAACCACCCAAAAAGGGGAACCUUGAGCUUCGUGGAGUUAGACUGACAGAUGGUUUUGGCUUUACACAAGAGGAUCUGCAAGGUCGUCAGUUGAGUUACAGCGCAACCAUCAGAGACUCAAAGGAAACUGAGGAUGUCUUCCAGUUCCGGGUCAUGGCUGGAGCACAUUACUCACCUGUAUACACUUACAGAAUACAGAUUGGAGGAGAUCCAGAUGCCCCCAUCCUGACCAAUGUCAUUUUGUCCAUUCCAGAGGGAGGCCAAGCCAUCAUUUCCAAAGACCACUUGUUCAUCAAGAGUAUGAACAGCAUCAACUACAUGUAUGAGGUGAUAGAUGGUCCAACCCAUGGGAAGCUGAUAUGGAGAACACCUGAGCAUUCGCCUUCCAGUGAGGAUGUGAUAACAAAGUUCACCAAUGAAGAUAUCCUCCAAGGCCGCCUUAUGUAUCAACAUGAUAGUUCUGAGACCCUGGAGGAUGACAUCCCGUUUGUGGCCGUCAAGCAGGAUGAGGGAAGCUCCAGCUUGGACGCUGAGGAUGUGAGAGGUGUCUUCAGAGUCUCCAUUCAGCCUGAGAAUGAUCACGCCCCCGUCCAGGUGGUCAACAAGGUCUUUAACGUGGUGCGCAAUGGGCAGCGCCUGAUGACCACGGAUGACAUUGCCUUCGUUGAUGAGGAUUCAGGCUUCUCGGAUGCACAGCUGGUUUUUGUAAGGAAGGACAUCCUUUUUGGCAGCAUCAUUGCUGCUGAUGACAGAAGCCGCCAGGUGUACCGCUUCACUCAAGAUGACCUGAGGAAGAAGAAGAUCCUCUUUGUCCAUUCAGGAGCUGACCGAGGCUGGAUCCAGUUCCAAGUUUCUGAUGGACAGCACCAGGUUGCAACUCUCCUGGAAGUGCAAGCCUCAGACCCUUACAUCAAAAUUACGAACCACACGACGAGCUUAGUCAUCCACCAAGGCAGCCAGGGGACCAUUGACUCCUCUGUCCUCAGCUUGGAAACCAACAUGGAUGUCAGGAACGAUGAAGACAUUCUCUUCCGCAUCGUAGCCCCUCCCAAAUGGGGGGUGGUGCUGCGAGGCAGACAGGAAGUGUCAUCUUUCACCCAGAGGGACCUAUUGGCAGGAGAAGUCCUUUACCAUCACAACGGGAGCAGGAAUUCUCAGGAUAAUAUACAUCUCUCCAUUGAAACCAACCAGGUGGCUGUGGAAGAUGUGCUGAAGGUCACCAUAUUUUUAGAUUCCCAUCCUAGUCCGCUAAACAUCAUUCACCAUGAAAGGAUACGUAUCCUCCAAGGAGAAGCUGUGGAGAUUAAGAAUGACUACUUGCUGGUUGAACAUGAAGACAUCCCUCCUCAGGAGAUCCUCUACACAGUCACUGUCACUCCCCUCUCAGGAACCCUGGUAGCCUUGCAUCACGGCCAUAGCUCUGAUGAACCCCCGAGCUUGGAACCCAUCCAGACCUUCACCCAGGAAGACAUCAAUGAAGGCAAAGUCCUCUACCUGCAUUCCAGCCUCGAGAUACAGAACGACCGGUUCACCGUCGACAUCACGGCCAGUGGGGUGGAUCCUCUGGAAGGGCUCGUGGUGGACCUAGAGAUCCUUCCCAUUUCAGUCCCACUGGAGGUCCCGCUGGAGGUUCACAACAUCACGGUGACUGAAGGGAGCACACAGGUGCUCUCCAUGGAUGUCCUGAAUAUCCCCAGCACUUACUUCACUGCUUUCAAUGUGGAAUUUGCUGUCCUCGAGGCACCAGAGCAUGGCAUCCUCCAGGACGUGAAAAGACCUAAAGAGGGCAGCCUAGAAGGCUUCUCCUGGUAUGAGGUGGAGCACCAGCUCAUCCAGUACGUGCACGAUGGGAGUGAAACCUUGGCUGACAGAUUCACGGUGCUUGCCAACGUCUCUGACGUCAGCCAGCAGAGCCAGCCCAUGACAGUCUCCAUCACCGUCAUCCCCAGCAAUGAUGAAGCACCGGUGAUGCUGGUCAACCGGGGAAUGCAGAUCCAAGAAGGUGGCACAGCAGAGAUUACUCCUGAGCUUCUUCUAAGUGAAGAUGAAGACACCCCUCCAGAGGAAGUGGUUUAUUCCAUCCGGACGCCAGUCAACGGGAAGGUCGUGCUGAAACCAUCGCCUAGCAACACAGUCCAAAGGUUCACACAGGGCCAGAUCAAUAGCCGGAUUGUUCAGUUCAUGCAUAAAGGACCCCUGGAUGGAGGGUUUUCCUUUGACGUAUCCGAUGGGGAAAAUAUGUCCCCAGGGCAUUUCUUCGCUGUGCAGGCCCAGAAGAAAGUGGUGAUCACUUUGGAAAACAAGCAAGAUCUGACAGUGUGCCCAGGUUCUUCUCAGCCAGUAAGAAAACAGAACCUGAAAGCAGUGACCAGUGACGAGGAAGAGGCCCAGUCUUUAUUUUACAUCAUAGAAAAACCUCCAUGGUUUGGCAGAUUGCUGAACGACCAGAAGGGUGGUGAUGGAGGGGAGCUGAGGAACUUCACCCAGGCCGAGGUGGAUGCUGGAUCGAUAUCCUACCAGCACGAAAUGCCUUCAGAACCUUUCUGGGUCCUUGAGGAUAGCUUUCACUUCCGAAUUUCUUCUCCCUCCAUCAUCACAGACCCAUACCUCCUCGGAGUGUCAGUAUCAUUCGAGACCGGCUGUCCUGAGCAAUCCACUCAACUGUGGAGAAACAAAGGCCUCACUGUUCCAGAAGCUCAAAGUGCAGUGAUCAACGUCUCAUUACUGGAUGCGUCCAACCUUCUCACCAAAGAACCUGACUCCAAGAGAGGAUCCUAUGAUGUGGUAUUCCUGGUUACAGAGCUACCCACUUAUGGGACCCUGUCUGUCCCUGAUGGACCCGUUGAUAGAAAGCAUCCCUACUUCUUGCAGUCAGACCUUGCUGCAGGUGGCUUGGAAUAUGCCCACCAUGGGCCAGGCAUCCUAGAUGACCAUUUCAGAUUUAAUGCUUGGCUCCGGCACAGCACUGUGGGGUCUAUUCAGCCCCCACAAAAAGAAGAAUCCAUCAUUUCUGGAACAUUCAAUAUCACAGUGAGUGACAGUAAUGAGAUGGCACCACGACUGGUCAGCCAAGAACAAGUUCUUCAGGUCCUCCAUGGUUCUUCCAUAAUGCUCUCCCAAGAACACCUGAACGUCAAGGAUCCUGACAGCUUCCCUGAAGAAAUCAAGUAUGACAUCCUCUCUGGGUCACCCAGUGGCUUUGUGAUCAAUGUUCACAAUAAACAAGUACCUGUAACUCAGUUUACUCAAGCAGACAUCAAUGCAGGGCACAUAAUGUUCAUCGCCAAUGGAACUAGCUCUUCUGGAACCUUAGACCUUGCCAUCUCUGAUGGACACAAUCAGCCUAUCUUCACUUCUCUAGAAAUCAUGGUUCUUCCAGCUAUCACCUGGGCAAUGAAUCAGACAACUUUGGAGAUACCACAGGGUGUGAACAUGGCCUCACUCUCCCACAAUCACCUUCUCGGGUCUCUUGGCCAAGCAGAGCAAAAUACUCUGUAUAGGCUCAUCAGGACUCCACGGUUUGGCCAGGUUGAGGUCAACCAAAAGCCUGUGACAGACUUUUCACAGAAGCAAGUGGAUAAUGGAGAAGUGACAUUUACUUUCAUAGAUUUUGCCUCCACCAGGGAUGAAUUCCAGUUCCUUGCCACGUCAGGAGAAGUGAAUAUAUCAGGGGUGGUGCAUGUAAUGGUCAAAGCCUUAGUCAAAACUCAGCAAGAUGUUCUUUGGCCAAGAGGAAUCACUGUCCAGCUCGACACAAACAUUCUUGAUGCAAGCGAGCUGGCCGAGAGGACGAGGAGUGUCCCAGAGUUCAAAAUCCUCCAAGCACCCCAAAGGAGCCGCUUCGUGCAUGCCUCCAAAAACAAAAAGAGCCAGCCUGUCACCAUCAAUGCUUUCAGCCAGCAUGACCUUGAGAGAGGGCUGGUUGCAUUGGAAAUCUGGGAAAUGGAUGAGACUGAGCAAAAUCUCCAGCAGGACAGUUUUCUGUUUGAGCUGGUGGCCGAGGGGGUCCCCCCUGCUUCAGAGUCGAUGCUGUACACCACCGAGGUCUUCAACUCCUCGGCAUCCUAUGGAGUGACACUGCUCAAAGUGCCUGGCUUCCAAGAAAAGAGCCACACCCCCAUGCCCCAAAGCAUAACUCCCUCUUCCUCGGCAUUUACGACCAUUCCUCAGGAGCCAGAGAAUCCCAGCCAUAAUUCCAGCAAGCUGCAUGUUCUUCCGACAGCAGGCACAGGCCAAUGGACGACGGCCAACACCUCUCCGGGAGAAAGGGGCACGCUCAUCGGUUUCAUCGAAGCCAAUAUGUUCAGCAUCAUCCUGCCUAUCUGCCUUACCCUGUUGCUCCUGGCUUUGAUCCUGCCCUUACUCUUCUACCUGCACAAGCGGAACAAGACCGGCAAGCACAAUGUGCAAGGCUCACCCCCCAAGUACAAGAACGGCACGGUGGUUGACCAGGAAACGUUCCGGAAGAUGGACCAUAACCAAGGCUUUCCUCUGAUGACAGUCGACACACUGGAGGCCAAAGAAGCGGGAGCCAACUCGAAAGCGGCAGGCCCAGGCGGGCAGCAGGAUCCGGAAUUGCUCCAGUACUGUAGGACACCCAACCCAGCCUUAAAAAACAGCCAAUACUGGGUUUGAGUGCUGGGGCAAAGGACUAAACACAGCAUGACUGUCGCUAGGUAAAGUGCAGUGACCGCUACGAUUUGCUAAGGGUCCAUUCACCUCUUCCUUCUUCUCCUCCUCACCCACCCUUUUCUUGAUGUACAUAAGAGACAGUUCCUUGGAAUACAAGGAAGUCCCUGCAUGGGCCUAAAACUUCUGAGUUUAUCCAGAUCUGGUUUCUUCAUUGAUGUCGGUCCACCACAGGGAGAUCUCUCGGAAUGGAACAAGUGAGAUCCUAACAAAGAUAAAGCUUUUGCUUUGAAGGAGUGUAGAAAAGUACGGAUUCUUUUCUUAAGAAUAAAAGCUUUAUCUUGACAAAGAUAAAAGGAAACAAGCUUGAUAAUAGGCUUGAAAGUAUGUGGUCAAUGUGAAAUUUUAGAACACAAAGGGAAACCGAGUAAGAUGCUCAGGGCUUGGUGUGAGGCAAGAAUAACUCUUCCCUAAAACUCGCAAAAGCCCAAGCAAUAUUAUGCAAAAAAAAUUAGUAAGCAUUGCAAAAUAAAUUAUGCAAAGUGAGAAAAAGCAUGAACAUUAACGUAAUGUAUGCUAGUUUGCAGAAUCUUGCCUUUUGGGGCCACACAACUGAGGUUGUGAAGAAUCUUUAACGUUCAUUACCCGCACAGAGUUCGUGCAGCCCUGAAUCUUAGGUAAACAGGUUUACUGCUGAAAAAGAGUAAAAGGUGCUGUUAAUUAGGCAAUUCCAGAAAGGCUGUCAGGAUGUUAGGUGUGUUUUUUUUUCCCCAGGCAAAUAUUUUGGGCAUCUAAGCAAUGAAACAUCAGGUGAUGUGGUGAGAGAAAUAGCGGGCGCUUGGGUAGAUUAUUUCAGCAAGCCAGAUGUUGAGCUGUUCUAGAAUGCAUUGGGUCCUUCUGAAUCAUCCGCCCCUGAUCGCAGCAGGAGUCUUUGCCACAUGAAAAGGUUUCCACAGAUGUUUCGCAACGUCUGGAGGAUGUAGAGUAUCUUGCACUAAUUUCCACAAGGAGCUGAAACCAGCACUCCAGGGCUGGGCAGGUCCAAAAAUGCACUGACUGGCUGAUGUCUUAGGUUGGGGGGGGGGGGAGAGAGACCUCAGCCAGGAAAAGCUGAAC